CACUAAUUUGAUAACAGCGUUAACCACAUGUUGGCUUUAUUUAUAAAGUUUAUUAGAAUUGGAAUAAGUUAAGUGGGAUUCAAUUUGGUAUCAGUAUGGAUCAAAUCAUAACUUCGACUCUGAAAAACCGUAGACGACGUUCUCUUGGAUUGCGACUUUUAAUAUGCUACCUUAAGAAAAGUAACAUUAAAUUAGAAGAUAAUGUUCAUACAUGGACAUGUUUAUUAGUUCAAUCAUGCAAAUUACCUGAGUUGUGUUUAUAUGGUGAUUUAAUAUUUUCCGCCAUGGCACUCCUUAUGGACAAAAUUCAGAGCGACGGUAAUAUGUCGAAAGCAUUCGCAUCUGCUCAUUUAUAUAAAGUAGUCGAAUGCUUAUCUCACAACGAAAUAUAUAAACACAAUCGCUCAACUAUUGCCGCCUUACACACAAUCAAGAAAUGCCUAAAAUAUUACCCAAAAGGAUUAAAAGCUAAAGCAUCAACUAUCAAAAAUAUAUUAGUACUAUUUAUAGACAACCAAAACGAUGAAGUUGUGUAUCAAUCUGGUGAAUGUUGGCUUCUUUUACACAAAAUUCAUGGCAUUUCCGAUAAGGAACAUAUGAAUAAUAUAACUGAAUGGAAGGAUUUUCAAUUAUCUUUACUGAGUAAUAUCCAAUAUAUUAUAAAUAGAACAAUAGUUAUGCCUGAAGAAUCAGUUAGCAGCCCCUUCAUACCAAAUCAUUUUGGAGCUUUCACUUUUGAAGCGCUAAAAGAUCCUUUUGAAAGGACUUCACAAGCUUUUCGACGGAUUUUUAAUCUUAUUGAAUAUUUAAAAAUUGCUUUAAGCAAACAAUUUAUUUUCAAAAAAAAUAUUUGCGUACAUCAAAUCUUGGCUUUAAUACAAAAUGGACUAAAUACACAUGUACACCAACAAAAUUUACAAAUUAAUCAUGCAUAUCUUGAGAUAUUUUUGCCGCAAAUGCACAUAAAAUUAUUGGAGCUUUUGGAAAUUGUCAUUAAAACAUGUCAUACACACUUAAGGAUGUACUUCCGGCUUGUUCUAAAUAUUUUAUUGGAAGCCCUUGAAAAAACAAACAAAUCAAUGUCACAAGAAGCAAAUUUAAAAGAAGUUUUGAAUAUGCGCCUGGUGGUGUACAGAGUAAUCUCCUUAUGGUGCUCUACUCUACAAGAAGGAAGCCAUUGCGAAAUAAUUGCGGAUACUCUUAUCAAGGAAGUGUUUGAUGAUAUAUUAACGCGAAGGCAAACUUCAAAAAAAAGUGUAAGCGGACCAUACUUGAAACAUUCACCUGAAACUCCAUUUUCGAUGCUGAAAUGUUCAUUAAGUAAUGAAGACUAUCGUGUGCUUAGUCAACAAGCACACUCUUGCCUACAACAGUUUUUGUUAUCGUCUGGUCAUUUGAUAAAGCAUCAACUUUUAAAGGCGGUGCACGACACCUUAUUAGGAAUUUGUGUUCAAAUGCAUUCUCAGUCUAGCAAAGAACCAGACUUGGUGGAUACUUGGGACGGACGCUUGGAAGUUUACAAGUCUUUCACAGUGCUAUUAAAAUUACGAAACUAUGGAUGUCCUACGCCUUCUGAAAUAAUUUGGAAUCUUUUGCACGAAUCCCGAUUAUUUAAUAAUAGCAUUGCACUUAAGCAAAGUCAUAGUUCAAACUUGUUGGAACUGAUGCUUCAUCCUCAAAAGGCGGAUAUAAAUUUUAAAAGUGUUGACAAUUUAAAGAAAACAACCGUCUUUUCAACAAAUGAAACGGAAAAUAGAAUCGAUUUGUUACAAACUAUCAAUAGUCCCGAAGACACUUUCUGUGAUAGUGAAAGUCCACUGAUAUCGGCCAUUAAAACAAUUGAAAAUAAUAACGAUGAUCAAAAUAACACUGGCUACGACAACAAUUCCUUGAAUAAAAAGAAACCUUUUGAAGUCGUUUGUAAAAAUUACUCAAAAGAUUUAGUUGCUGAAGACACAACAAAAAAAAUAAAUGAGAUAUCAGAUGACCAUUUGCUCUCAUCAAAAAUCAACAGUACACAGAGUUUAGAAGGACAACCCCAAGGAAUUUGUAAUGACAAUAAUCUGAAGUCUGAUUUAAUAUCAUCCUGUUGCAGUGCUGAAGAAUCUGUAAAAAUGUUUCCUUCGAACUUGGAAAAUUUAGAUGAUGCUAAAAUGAUAGCCGACUUGGAAGCGACAUUCGUUGGUGAACUUAAAUAAAAUGAAAGACUAGUUUUGUAUGCGUAA